CGAACCACAAGUAAUAUUUUAUUGAUUUAUUUCCUUGGUGAAGAAACGCUGUUGUGAGGUCAUAAUUCAAAGAAGAUUUACUGUAUUAUUAAUUUAUAUCAUUUUAAUGAUUUGAGUCGGAGUCAUAUUUAACGGCGUAGUUGUAGCACUUGCUCCAUUCACAACUGCGGUAUCUGUUCAUACUAUGUUCGAGCCCGUAUAUACUCUGGUGAGGGUUUAGAAAAAGUAUUUGUUUUACCGAUCCAACUACCUUAUUCUUUGAAUGUGCACACUUCCAGGAAUACAUAGCCAUGUUGGUGGUUAGUAAACUUAGUUGUGUAAUCUUUAUUUCGUUACUUUGUGGUUAAACUGUUGGUGUUUAGUAAUUGGAUUUCACUAUAUUAAUUUAUUUGUGUCCCGUUUCUAGUUUGUAAAGAAACUGCUCACUAUAUAAAUCUCAGAUUUGAAGCGGAUUCAUCAUUACUAGAUUAAUUGAAAUGUGAAUUUUAAUCGUUCUCCAUUUUGUUUUUACUUUAUUUUCAGCUUCUUGUGUGAUAUCAUAUUUCAUUUUUUAUAUUACAUGCUGAUUUAAACUUUGUUCAUCGUUACAUUCACUAUAUCAUCAUGAUUCAAGAUGUAUCUCCGUUUGUACAGACUAUAUUGGGUACUGGUUUAACAUGGUUUGUAACUGCUCUUGGCUCUGUAUUCUGUUUCAUCAUUUCUAGUCAUUCUGUCCAUUUACAGAAUCAGAUUCUCGAUGGGUGUCUGGGUUUUUCGGCUGGGAUUAUGUUGGCGGCGUCAUUUUGGUCACUUUUGGACCCAGCUUUGGAAAUGGCCAAAAAUGACCUGGGCCUGGGUGCAUAUGCUAUCUUCCCAGUAAUAUCAGGAUUGUUUUUCGGUGCAAUAUUUGUUGGGAUGGUAGAAUACUUCUUGCCUGCUCAGUGGUUCGAACCUGUAUCUGAUGUAGCUAGUGAUUCUUCAUAUAUGCAGCGUAAAAUGAAUUCUAUGGAAUCAUUAAAUGAAUCGCACAAAUCUACUGACAGUUUCAUGAAUGAGUAUACUGAAUCUGAUAUCAGAUUACGUCGCGGGGAUACUUCACAGAAUGGAUCUUACGAGUCACCUGAAUUCAUAGAAGAUGGAAAGAACAGAAAACAGCCGAAAAGAAUGUUAAUGACACGGCGUUUGUGGUUGCUGUUAAUAGCAAUUACUGUGCAUAAUAUACCAGAGGGGUUGGCUGUUGGUAUUGCAUUCGGUGGAGUUGGUCAAUAUCCACACGCUACUUUUUCACAUGCCAGUAAUCUUGCAAUCGGGAUAGCUAUUCAAAACUUCCCUGAGGGUUUAGCUGUCAGCUUACCUCUGUAUUCUGCUGGUUAUGGAUUUCUCAAAAGCUUUUGGUAUGGACAAUUGUCUGGACUAGUAGAACCUUGUGCGGGACUUAUUGGUUGUUUAGCUGUACACUUUUUCCGCAAACUUCAACCUUACGCUUUGGGUUUUGCUGCUGGUGCAAUGGUAUUUGUAGUAUUUGAUGAUGUUCUGCCUGAAUCUCAUUCUAGGAAUUCACUUUUCUGAAACAUUUUAUUCUUCGUCAUAUAUCAUCUGCUACGCGUCUAUGGUUCAAUAGCAGAAUGUUCACCAACCAACCACUCACGUAACCUGUAUUCAAUUCCAGGCUGACACACUCCAAAACCUCAUUUUUCUGGUAGUAGAAAAGGAAGGCUGGGGACCACACUCGUAAAAAAGAACACCACCACCGCUACUGAAACUUCAAAGCUUGAGACCUUAUGUCCCACUGGUUACUUGGAGGAAUGAAAAAAUGUUCUACGGCAAAAAGAUCCUGAAGUAUGGCUUUCGAUUAUGGGCGAUAUAUUAGAAGGUUAGCGGGGGAGUGGAAUCAAUCAGUCCCCGUUUCAUUCAGGUUGAAAGUUCUACAUCGGAUCCCAGAACAGUUUAACGGUGGAAUAGCAGGAAAUUUACGAAGAUUUGAAACUGUCUUGUUUUAUGCUGUAAAUAAAGAAUUAUUUCCAUCAGUUUCUUUGUUAGUAAUAAUAAUAAUAAUAUAUUGUCAACGAAAAGUUGCUUUACUGUGAACACC